AUGCUCUUCUUUCAACUCAUUCAAUUGAAGGAAGAUGGAGAUCCCAUGAUGAAUUAUUUGCAUUCAAAUAAUGCGCCUUCUCCUUUUGGUCUUGCUCAUCCGAAUCCAAAUACAUUAACCAAUCUCACUCAUGCAACCACAACAGUAGCAUCAACUACCAAUGCUCCAUCAUCGGGUUCAUCCUCUCAACAACAACAACAGCAACUUGGCUUGUUAUCCUCCGCAUCAUCAUCGGUACAAGCAUCAGGAGUGAAUAUUAUUCGUAAAACACCUUCAAAGAGUGGAAAAGGAACAACUUCAUCAUCAUUGGGAGGUGCUAGUACUACUCCUCAUACAUUUCUCUCCUCACUAGGAUCAAGUAAUUUACUUCUUUCAACCAAUGCUUCUCAUCAUUCUCUCGGAGGAGGUGUUGGCGAUGCUUCUACCAGUAGUCAUCCUCUCAUGCCAACCACAUCAAAUCCCUCUUCCGAACCUUCCAUCCCAUUAAUCCAAUUAUUCUCAACCUUACCCGACGCCGAAGAUAUUUAUCAACGAAUUUUAGUCUUUCUACCUUACACUUCAGCGUUGCGUUUCAGUUACGCCUCCAAAUAUUUUAAUCAAUUAGCGAAAAAACAUUCUCCUUAUUUGUUUAGUAUGAAUCAGUUUGUGCAAUGGAGUAAUCAGGUGUGUGCUCUCAUGAUGAAUAGUACAACGAGUGCAAGUAAUGGUGGCAGUGAAAUGACUACUAGUUUGGAUAGUUUAUCAAGUGAUCUUGUCAAGAUGAGACAACAUAGUUUCUUGAGAGCAGUACAAGUGAUUGCUCGAAGUUGUAGAAUUCAAUUAUUGCUUAAUGAAUUAUUUCACAAAGAGACUAUUAAUAUUCAAAGCGAAGAUACAGUCACAAUGCUUGAUAUGCCUUCUGUUGGAGUGUAUAUGUGUAUACCAUUGUCAUCACGAGUGGAAUUUUCAAAAAAACACAAAAUGGUUCGACAGCUUAUUGAUACCAUAUCUCUUCAAAAUAUUUAUUAUCAGGAGAUGUGUACUUUUCUUCUUGGAAAGCUUCAAAUCAUUGAAUUUGAGCAAAUCAAAGGAGAAGAAAAUUAUGGAUUUUCAUCAGUCAUUCAGCUCAUACCUGAUCUUCAACAAUUAGAUCAAAAAGUUUAUAUUCAUCAAAAUUUAAUGACCACCACGCUUCAACAUCAAAAACAAAAGAAGCGAGUCAUUCUGUAUCAAAUGUCAAUUGGUACAAAUUCUCCAAAAUAUGCUCAAUUUCUUGGCCUUUCAGGUGAUAUGACUGCAAAUGAUCGUCAAGUGCUUGUAAUUAUGGCAGGAAGCAAAUACGAAUUUAAUGAUAUCAUACUGUACAAGCUGUGUCAACUCAGCGGUGUGAUCACCAACACCACAUCCAUGUCCGUGACAGAAAUGUUUCAAUUUUUGGCCAUGUGUGGAACAUUGGACACAUGUCAAGCUGUCAUUGAGCAAUAUUAUACUUAUAAGAGAAAUAAUUUACAAACCUUCAGUUCGACACCACAGAAAUUUGAAGUAUAUCCACGAGAGUCAGACACAGAGCUUAAAAGCUUUGACUUUGUGGCGUCACUUUUCUUGAAACAGUAUAUUUUUGACUUGACAAACAUCAAAUCGACCAAAAUUUAUUUAUUGGACCUUUUAAUUAACAUGUCGAACCAACUCCUUUGUGAUAUUCAACUCUCAUACUUACCUAGAAGAUUACUAAACUAUCAAAAGAACACCUUGGAGUAUGAAAAGGCGAUAAGGUCAAUUUCCAAUGUUUUUGGCAGAGAAGUGAGAUUUCGAUUAUUGGGAUCGAACGCAGAGUGCACAAGUUAUAGCGUGUUGAGACUAAAUAUUUUACCAACACUGGCCAACAAGUUGCUCAGCACAACGAACAAAUCCAUAUGUGAACUUGUUUUCAAUUUUGUUGGAUUUACCUCCUUCAAAUACGUGGGUGCAGAACAAGAACGAAAUUUAAGAUUAACUGUGCGAACCAGCAACAAGAAGUUAGCAUUCUUACUUGGAAUUAAGGAAGAACGAGAUGUUGUCGUAUUGAACAAUCAAACCAUUAACAUGAGAAUUUUGAAAAAUUUAACAGAAAUCCUUCAACUGAGCUGGCCUGAAUCUGAAUUGCUCUUCUUUUUAUUGGCCGCAUGUUCUUGUAUUGCCACGGCUCAUUUCACAGAAUCUGCCAAGACGGCCUUUGUCGAAACUGAGUGGAAUACAGCUCAGAAAGAAACAUUCCAUCCCUCAAUUUAUUACAUUUCUGAGCAGUUGAGUAAGAUUUUGCAAUGUCCUAGCGUCAUUAAUGCCGAAGAGAUUUAA